UAGCAAGCAAAAUACCUUCAGACACUGUAUUGAAGUAGGUAAUAAUACAGGUCGCGAAUAUCAAUAUCAUCAGGGAAAAUUUCAGGAGUAAACUUACUUGAACAGACUUACACAAUUGAAGACUUGGCAUCUGCAACCUCGUGGCGAAGUAGUUCGCAAUAGUUCCACAAUUUGAGCAAUUAUACUCUUGUGCUUUCAGGACAUCUUCUUGGAAACUGAUGAAUUUGGAGAUAGUUAGAGGAGGUAUGCCAGCUGAAUCACUGCCCUCAACUCUGUCUAUAUUAUUCCAUGCUUACCAGAAAUCGCCCAGUCGCGAAUCCUACUCUCUCGUUAGGCUGCAGGAAUCGUCCAAGAUAUAACCAACCCACUUCAACCCAACAGCACCCACUACAGCACGCAUUUCGGUACUGGAUUUGCAGUAUAUGCAGAGUACCCAUUCUGUCAUCCUAACGUUGAUUUCUGGGGCCCGCCAGUCCUCUUUCACCUAACCACAAAACAACUUCAGCAUGGCCCCCAACGCUUCAGACCCGAAGGAUCUGAAGCUGGUCCUUAACCUAGCACGACGACGCGCCCUCUCCGUUCUUAUGGGCAGUAUAAUUGCACACAUGCGCUCCCAGAUAGAAACUUCAUUCAACGGACCACAGACAGAAGCCGCACCCCUCUUCCUUGGAGGCAGCUCUUCACGUGACGACUCUGCAUCACCCUCACCUUCGCCUCUCGCCUCGCCCUCUCUCGAUCCAGAAGCAGAAGCACGGCAACGACGGCUAGAAGCUCGUCUCGAAAGAUCUCUAUCCACGCCUAAGUUGCAAGAAUUGCAGAAAAAUGCUCUGUUCUAUUUCGAUACUUGGGCAGCAGAAGUGCGAGGCCAAUUUAGGAAGAUUUGUGAUGGGCCUGAUGAUCCGAGAUCUGAGCAGAGGAGGAGAGACUGGAUGGCAGCGAGAAAUCCAGCACCGCCUCCAUACUCGGCCGAAUCGUCAGACGUGAAAGAUGUAGCAGCAGAGGUCUUGGCUGAAGCAAGAGAGAUGCAAGAAGCGAAGGAUGUAUCGCUGCUGCAAUCUCUAUACCACCCGAUCCCGACUCGUCUAAAUACGAUUUCCAAAGAAGAUAGAACGUGUGUGGUUAGCGGCUUAGUGUUGCUGCUUCUAAGUUUGGGGCACUAUUCAGCACAUUCGAGAGUAUUGCUUUGUCAUAUCACUUCGGCUUUUGCUCUACCCUUGAGUGUCCUCACGAAAGAGGAGACUGAAAUUGCGCAGACGUUGUUGCUCGCAUCAAAGACUUUGACAGCUGAUGCCGAGACGAAGAAACGACAAGCUGAGAAUGCCUCGUCCAGGCGGUGGAAAGUCGGACUCGCUUCUGUGGCCGGAGCAGCUGUCAUUGGAAUCACAGGUGGGUUGGCUGCACCUAUCGUUGCAGGUGCUAUCGGAGGCAUCAUGGGAGGCGUUGGUCUGGGUGGUGUAGCAUCUUUUCUUGGUAUAUUCGCUAUGAAUGGUGCGUUGGUGGGAAGUCUAUUUGGAGCUUUUGGGGGCAAGAUGACUGGAGAAAUGGUCGACAACUACGCCAAAGAAGUUUCGGACUUCAAGUUUCUGCCUCUUGCUUCUGAAUGGGGCGAGCAUGGAACGAAAAUAGAUGCUGAGACGGAGGGGAGGAGGCUACGAGUUACAAUCGGUAUCAAUGGUUGGUUGAAUGGCAAAGACGAUGUUAUCAAACCCUGGCGAGUUCUUGGGCGAGAGAGUGAAGUCUUUGCUCUCCGCUACGAAAUGGAAGCUCUGAUCGCACUCGGAACGAGCCUCGAGAACAUGGUAUCAUCAUACGCCUGGUCAUUCGUCAAAGUCGAGAUUCUCAAACGAACCGUCUUAGCUACGCUGUGGUCAGCUCUCUGGCCAGUAUAUCUCCUAAAAAUGGCAACAAGUAUCGACAACCCCUUCGCCGUUGCGAGAAACCGAAGCGAGAAAGCGGGUGAAGUUCUUGCCGACGCACUUAUCAACAAAGCGCAAGGUGAGAGACCGGUCACGUUGAUCGGCUACUCGCUUGGCGCGAGGGUGAUUUAUUCUUGUCUCAAGUCGCUUGCGGAACGGAAAGCUUUUGGUUUGAUUGAAUCGGUCGUUUUCAUUGGUGCGCCCGUCCCAAGUAGUACGAACAACUGGAGGGUGAUGCGGUCUGUUGUUUCCGGCAAGAUCAUCAAUGUGUAUUCCGAGAACGACUAUAUUCUAGCUUUCCUUUACCGAGCGACGUCGAUUCAGUUUGGUGUCGCUGGUCUACAAGAAAUCGGUAACGUAGAAGGUGUGGAUAACUUGAACUUAAGCAAGGAAGUCAGUGGUCAUCUAAGAUACCCGAAUCUAAUUGGUAAGAUCCUCAAGAAAGGCGGAUUCGAGGGUAUACUGGUAGAGGACAUGGUCAUUGAGCGAGACGAUGUUGCAGAAAUACAACUCCUUGAUGAAGAGCAUGAAAGGAAGAAAGGUGCACAAGAACUAAGCGGGGGCUACGACGAUGACCUAAUCAGUCUGAUGGAUGCUCAGCCACCAAUUGCUGAACUUGAAGGGGGAAGCAUGAGCAUGGGUCAAGGGUUUGAUCCAAGAUCAAGGAAAGACCUUGAUACGGAGCGUGUGCAUAAGGGAUGGGAUAACGGAAUGGACGAGUUGACGUUCGGCUUAGCAGGAAUGGACAUGAACAGACCAGAACUAAAAAUGGCUUUGACACAACCACCACUCCAGCCACAACCUCAACGGCCCCAACCAAAGGAAAAGCCUCCUCAAUACAUAGAAGUCGACCGCGAGCGUGAAGUAAUGGAUAUAACGCAAGGCGUAUCCGGCGUCAACUUCUCCGGCCCGACCCAAGACCGUACCUACGACUCAGAUGACAGCGACGGCGGUAUCCAGAUGAUCGACAACGAUUCCGAUUCCGACGGCGGAGACCUGAUGGAGGUACCUGGUGUCCCAAUCCCUGAUGAUGAAGUUUAUGGACGGGAGGAGCCGAGAGAUAAUGGGAAGGCGGCCAUGGUCUGGGAUGAGCCGAAGAGCAGAGGGACGUUCCCACAGGAGAGGAAUGAUGGGUCGGGGUCGGGGUCAUCCAACUCAAAUGAGAGGGUGGUCUCAGAUACACCUCCAAGUGUAGACUCGGCGCAGAGUAGAUCACCUGCACGGAUGGGGAAGAGAACGACAGCGAAGGAUCUGGGACUUUAUUGAUCUGACGGUGAUCUGUGAUCUGUUGGGCGUUAGACAUAUCGGGGAGUCGGGUGAAGAUUUUGCUUUAAGGUAUCAUGGUAAUCAGGGAUUGUUAUUUCUACCUUUGGGUCUUAUUAUAUAUCUGCAGCCAUUCUUUCCCUUGCUUCGAUGCGAGACGCUUGCCUCAAUUGUCAUGACGGCAUUCAUAUACUAAUUUACAGUCUUUCAUGUGACGUUGACACCGGCCACAGCAUAACCUCGAC